AUCCUGUGAUUGGCGGAGAAGGGUUGUGUGGCUCCUCAUGUCAACAAACCGUGCCUUGACCAAGGCAAAUGUUCACAGCGAUGACGUAGAUCGGUUCAACCUGUUUCAACCAGAUCCACUGUAGGGUUAUAUAUUUUGGACGCACCCAAGCGUGUCGUCGAUGCCUGUCCAGAGUCAUUACACAAGGAGGACCAUACUUUGAUUAAAACGGUCCGCUCGUCGUUUCGACAUUGCAAGAUGGCCACGGUGGCUCCAUGUUACAUAAUUGAUCCAUCAGACAAAUAUAGACCAGAUCACAAGGGUGAGGAACAGUUCAGGAACUAUGAGGAGGGAGAGUUUAUUGACCGUGUCAAGAGGACAUAUUAUGAAAUGCACACAAAGCAGAGUGUUGAAAGUGUGACCAACAAGGUUGAAUACUGGACCACGUUUGACCACAUGGAAAUGACCAUCUUGGAGGCCGUAGAGGCACUUAAUGCCCUUGUGGAUGAAAGUGACCCUGAUAUUGGACUUCCAAAUGCUAUCCAUGCCUUCCAAACAGCUGAGCGUAUCCGCCACGCGCAUCCGGAUCUUGACUGGUUUCAUCUGACAGGAUUAAUACAUGAUCUUGGCAAGGUGAUGGCCCUCUGGGGUGAACCACAGUGUUUUGUUGUUGGUGACACCUUCCCAGUUGGCUGUGCAUUCAGCGAUAAAAUAGUGUUUGGCCGGAAGAGCUUUGAAAACAACCCUGAUAUCAACAAUCCUCUAUACAACACCAAGUUGGGCAUGUAUGCAGAAAACUGUGGCUUAGACAAAGUGCUAAUGUCGUGGGGACAUGAUGAGUACUUAUACCGUGUCCUCUUGAAUCAUGAGAAGUGUUCUCUGCCACAGGAGGCAUUGUACAUGGUGCGGUUCCAUUCCUUCUACCCCUGGCACACGGGCAAGGACUAUAACUACCUGUGUAAUGAGCAGGACAUGAAGAUGACCCCAUGGAUUACAGAGUUCAAUAAAUUUGACUUGUAUUCCAAGAGUGAAGUCAUCCCAGACAUCGAAUCCUUGAUCCCAUACUACCAGUCCCUCAUUGACAAGUAUGUUCCAGGGAAGUUGAAAUGGUAAUGGUUCCACCAGUGAAUUCAGCAGAGUAGCAGAACCGAUGUAUUGGGUGCAGAUUGGAUAACUUUCUUUACUUUUCUUUUUUUCUCUUCAUUAUCUUUUUAUAGUUUCAUGUAGUAAAUUGCCUCACAGACAUCCAUCCAUUCAUUAAGUGAUUUACAUCGAGUUAAGCCAUUACACAAGAUGAAUGAACACAAUUUGAGAGUCACAUUCUUGCCAUGACCUACUUUUUGACAUCCCUCUUUACAGGUUGACAAUAUGAAGUGUUAACUUUUCUGAAAAGUUUUCAUAAACAGGUUGGCAUGAAUAGUCUUAGUGUAUAAUGAUAAGAAGUUUUUAUUCUGUGGUUAUGGUUCAUUUGUUAUCUUACAAGUACCUCAAUUUACCUUUACAGAAAAAAUUCAUUGCAGUGCAGGAGUAAAUGGUAUUUAAGUUUCAUAUCAAUUUUAAAAUCAGGGAUUAAGGGACCAGUAAAUAAUUUGUUGUAAUUUCAAGGAAUAUAUCUUUAACAUUUUACAUGUAUUAUAAAACUUAAUUAUAUUAUAGUCUCAAUGAUUAGGGGUGAAAAAUAUAUAUAUCAAACUUUUGUUUCUGGUACCUGUAUGCAAAAAGUGCCUUUAUUAACUUAUUGACAAACAUACAUCAUGUUCUAUUUUGUCACUUUAAAGUAUCAAACUUUUUAUAAAGGAAAAACAAAACAGCUUUGUUUCUAGUGUCCAGACACUGCCUUUCAUAAGCUUAUGAACAUGUACUGCCAUACUAUAAUGCCAUUUUUCCCUGUACUAAACUAAUGUGUUUAUUAAGGGGAAAACAGCUCCCUUUCUGGUAUCCAGAAACUGUCUUUAAUUUCUUAAGCACCAAGACAAGUACUGUCAUAU